AUGGGGCGACGAAAGCUGAACGUACGAGAAAAAUCGCGUCAAAUGGUCAAAUACGUGCAUGAACAACGAGCCGCACGUACUUUAUCGAUUGUUGUUGGAGCGUUUAUUAUAUGUUGGACGCCAUUCUUUGUCUUUUCUCCACUUACGGUUUUAUGUGAUACGUGCUUUGACUACAAGGACACGAUCUUCACAAUAGUGACGUGGGCCGGUCAUCUGAAUUCGAUGCUGAAUCCGCUAAUCUAUUCGCGUUUCUCACGUGAUUUUCGACGAGCUUUCAAGCAGAUUCUCACUUGUCAACGUGAGCAAAAAGUGAAGACAGCGUUCAAGACGCCAUUAUCGCUUGUGUUCACUCAGCUCAUCUCAGUCACUCAAAUGUGGGACCCACCACAAAAUACACCUAUUGAAUGA